AUGAGAUGCCACUGCGAGAGGUGCAUGGCAAUGUGGUCGGCGGCUGUGCUGUGCAUCGGGUUGGUAGUCGCACACGACUUCAACGGCUGUCGGUGGAACCAGCGCACCCGCCCGUCACCCGUGGGACCUGAUAUCGUGGGACUUCCGGGGUUCUCGGCGAGUGGGUUCGGGGAGGGGGCGCAGGGAGGAGUGGACUCGGCGGAUAUAACGGAUUCAUCGGGUCGCCGACGUUUAAACGGGGUGUUGAGUAGAUAUCGUGGCCGGAAUCAUGCCUGUUGA